CAACUACAUCUUCAACAUGGACCGAGGCACGAUGAUCUUUUUGGCCCGCCUUGCCGAAGAAGCCGAGCGUUACGACGAAAUGGCAGAACAUAUGAAAGCCGUGGCCGUAAACUUUGAAGACGAACUAUCGACGGAGGAAGGCAAUUUGAUUGCUGUCGCGUUCAAGAACGAAAUUUCCAGCCGUCGGGCUGCGUGGCGAGUGAUGCGUGCGAUUGAAGCGAAGGUCGACGACCCUAAGAAGGCGGCUGCUAUCCAAUCGUACCGACAAAACAUUGAGCAAGAAGUGCGCGACUUGAGCCAGGAGAUGGUGGGCAUCCUCGACGAUCACAUUCUUCCCAAGGCGACCGCAGUGGAGGGCGAGGCGUUCUACCACAAGAUGAAAGGCGACUACUACCGAUACAUGGCCGAAAUAGACACCCAAAGCAACAGCGGAAGCGCCAAGCUCGCGCUGGCUAGCUAUGACAAGGCGUGGUCCCUCAUGACGACAGAGUUGCCCCCCACGCACCCCCUUCGGCUCGGGUUGGCCCUCAACUUCUCCGUGUUUUACUCGGACAUUAUGAACUCCCCCGACCGAGCUAUUCGACUGGCCAAACAGUCCUUUGACGAUGCCAUUGAAGAACUGGACGCCUUGUCAGAAGACAAUUACCGCGACACGACGCUGAUUAUGCAACUGCUUCGCGACAACGUCACGCUGUGGUCUGCGCAGGACGAGGAGUAGAAAGUAACAAAAAAAUACGAUGUUCCAGCGUCG